UUUAACGAAGAGAAAAGUCUUAAGUGUUGAAGAGCGAGGCCAAGAAUUAAUCAGUCAAAACGUAUAUCCCAAGGAGGGUAUUUUCUCAUUCUUGAAAUAAACAUUAUUUGAUAGGGUAAAUAUGUUAGCUAGGUCUAUCGUGUUUCUUUAAGAUGAUGUUAAGUUUUCGAAGUUUGCGUUACUGUACUCUUCUAAGUAAAAAUAGCGAGUGAACGUCUCAUCACUUUAGCUUCGAGUUGGUCAUCCAUCAAGUACAGUUAUACUGUGAGAACAGCGCUAUGUCUCAACUAGAAAUCUGGACAAGACGCAGUAAAAGUCGUAGCAGAAGCAAUGUAUCAGAUUUCAGUCUCCCAGGCACAGCAGAAUAUGAUGGCUAUCUUAUCUCUCUGCAUGAUAAAUUACUUUCUGAGUGUUUCAACUUGACAACGAUUGCAGAAUGGGAUAAAGCUCGUGUUCUGGAAGUUGGGUGUGGCUGCGGUGACACAACUCGCCAACUUGUUGAUCGACUACCUAUCGUACGUGAUAUUCUAGGUGUGGAUGCUGAUGUAGAUGCCAUUGAUUAUGCCUUUUCAAUACAUGCUGAUGAAAAGUUAGACUUUGCGAAUGUAAACAUCCAAGACAUAAACACAUUUGAUUUGAAAUGGGGUGGUAAGUUUGAUUGGAUGUUCUCCUCUCACGCCCUUCUUUGGGCUCGUGAACAGUCAACGGUUCUAAGGAACUUACUGUGGUGUCUGAAACCAGGUGGUCGGUGUUUUAUUGCCGUUCCAGCGGGGAAGCCACCAGAUAUUCACGCAGCAGUCACAAAAGUGUUAAAAUCUUCUUCGUGGAGCAAGUAUUUCGUGUCAUCCUCCGAGUUAGUGACAGAUCUGACAGAUGAAAAUUACAACCGACUCUGGUUUCACCAUCCGAACGCUGAUCGUAUUUAUUCUGCUCUGCUGGAACAAGCGGGAUACCACGUACUAAAAACCAAGCUUGUGGAUUUUCGUUAUACCUUCACAAGUAAUGACGAGUAUAAAGAAUGUGUUAGAUCCCUUUUGAGGCAGUUGAUAGAGGCCGUUCCAGAUGGAAAGAAACAGGUGUUCACCAAAGAUAUGUUGAAAGCUGCUAUGAAGAAAGCUAAAAAAUCAAAAGAUGGAAAUGUGAUGUGGAAUAUAAAUUAUGCUGUAGUUGUGGCCAAAAGACCAGACCUUCAAUAAAGAUAACUUUCGAAAUUAAAUAAAGAAACACGGCCAGUGUUUUAACGAAAAGUAAUUGUUAAACAAGAGGGUGUCUAUAAAGAGGUAACAAACUGUGCAAAAUAUGAUAAUAAAUUUCAAUUCUAAUAAUUUAUGAAAAUUGUUCGUAUGUUAUUUCUAAAACAUUAUCUUAAAUUUUUGUCGUGUAUAUCAACUAAAAUGUGGAAACUGGCUUUCAAAGAUGAAACUUUUGUGGCUAUUAAGAAUUGAAGUGACUGAAUUGAAACUGUUAUCCCUAAUGUAAUAUAUAAAAAUAUCAAAGUAAAAUGUUCUCAUUAGUGCUUAGAAAUCUGUCAAUACUUCAAUAUUUUUCCACAAAAUAUUAUUUAAUUAAUAUGCCUAGACAGUAUUUCAGCUUGUUUACAAUUGUUAUUUUAAGGUGCUAUAAGAAUUAAACUUAAUAAAGGUUUUAGCCCUAAAUCUUAUUUAAUAUAUUGCAUAAUUUUAAUAUUGUACUACUAAACGUUGUUGCUACCUCUUUUAAAAUUUGAAUUUCCUAUUGAUUAAGUGAGAACUAAUAUAUAAACCCUAACUUUAUUCUAUCCAAGUCUUAAAACAUUGAAUUGUGUCGCGACAUGUUUUCUAGGUCUUUGGAAACUCAUUGUGUUUAAACUAUUUAUAUACUUACCUAAUUGGUUUGUUUCGAAUCGUUGCAAAAAGCUACAUAAGAGCUACCUGUGCUAGACGUCCCUACUUUUAAAUUGAUAGACUGUAGGGAAAGCAGGUAAACAACAGCACGUGCCGCCAACUUUUGGGCUACUCUUAUCGAAUAAUGAGCUUUAACUGCCAAUCUUACAAUGCACCCACGGCCCUAAAGCGCAAAGCUCCGGUCCUUUUAUACGUGGAACAUGUUGUUUAGUAUUAUUGAUUAUUUACUUAUAUAAUGCAUAACUUGAAAAGUUUACGUUUUACAAAGUUACUGAUACACUAUGAUGCGGAGGUCCUAUGAGAAUGAAAUCACAUUCUGUAUGUUGUGUUAAAAUGAUACAUUGAAUAAUAAAUCAAAUUUUAUGUGACCCUAUGGCAGAAUUAUUA